UUUCCCAAUGAUCUAAUUGUUUAACCAAGCACCACCAUGGUAGCCUAGAAUAUUACCCUAUUGGACCGAGUCAUCAUCUUUGCACGUAAAUGCCAUGUGUCUCUUGUCACCUCCAUGAAUUUCUGACCAGAACAAGCAUAUGGCAUUUAGCAAAUCAUCUCAAGAUCAGCCAAGUGUUUCUGUAACAUGAAGAUGUCUCUCCAAAUCUCUCCACGUUUCACUUCAUAACUAAACGUGUCCAAAUCUUGCCUGCUCUCAAGAACGUAUAGCAUGGCCCUUCAUAACAAUUGCCUGAAUGAACCAGAAACAAGGAAAAGAAGAAACCUUAAUCAUUACAAACCUUCAACACAAAGUACCAAUCAAUCAUAUAGAAAAUGAGCCAACGACAGCAACAAAGGCCUCAAGAACCCAUCAAGUAUGGAGAUGUGUUUUCUGUGGAAGGUGAGCUUGCUGAGAAGCCAGUGGCACCAAGAGAUGCUGCAAUGAUGCAGACAGCAGAGAAUGCAUUGAUGGGGCAGAUUCAGAGAGGUGGUGCUGCCUCAAUGAUGCAAUCUGCUGCUAUGAGAAAUGAGAGAGCUGGGUUUGUUGGUCACAGUGAUGUCAAUGAUGUUGCUAAUUAUCAGGGAGUGAGUGUCACUGAGACUGAGAUGCCUGGGAGGCGUAUAAUAACAGAAGCAAUUGGUGGUCAGAUUGUUAGGGACUUUGAUCAAAGGGCUCCAUUAGAGCCGUCACCACCACCCUUAUUCCAACAGGUUGAUGCUGGGAUCACAAUUGGUGAAGCACUUGAAGCCACUGCCCUAUCAUGUGGGCAGAAGCCUGUUGAAUGGAGUGAUGCAGCAGCAAUUCAAGCAGCUGAAGUAAGAGCCAUUGGCCGGACAACCAUUACUCCUGGUGGAGUUGCAGCCGCGGCCCAGUCAGCAGCAACCAUCAAUGCAAGAAUGACGAAGGACGAUGACAAGACAAAACUAUCAGAUGUUCUUGCAGUAAGUGCAUAAACAAAUGACAAUUAGCUUAGUGUGAUUAAGGGAGCCCCAAUAACAUAUAAUUUGUUGCAGGAUGCAACUUCAAAGUUACCAGCAGAUAAGACGGCGACGAGAAAAGAUGCUGAAGGGGUGACAGGAGCAGAAAUGAGGAACGAUCCAUUCUUGACUACACACCCUGCUGGUGUGGCUGCUUCUGUGGCUGCUGCUGCAAGGCUCAACCAGCAGAGUAAUACUAAAAAUAAGAAAGAAUCUUAAGUUGCUAGAGAUUUAUUUUUUGGUAUAAUCAUGUGUCUGUUAUUUCUGAUAGGCUAUGAAAUAAAUUACUUGAGAGUCAAGUUUUGUUACCUUCCGCACUGUAUGGUUCUGCAUGAUUGCGUCUGGGAUAAAGAAAGGAACGGAUUAAUAAUUCUCCCUC